AUUGGCUGAACAGGGCGCGUGGUGGUAGCCGUUGGUCCCUUUGAACGUCGGGAGGACCGCGCCGCCCUGGCCUCCGCUCUGCUCGCGUCCCGCCGCCAUGGCCUUCAGCAGGGCGCCGCUACGGCGCUUCAACGAGAGCUCCGUAUGUACCCCACUGCAAGGAUCCUGCGAUGUUAAGUCUUCUGAUGUACUGAAAAGUUCUCUGUCCUCUGAAACAUGUCAACGGGUCAGGAAACAGAAGAGUGAGACAAAUCUGAGCAGUGAGAAGAGCGCACCUACCCCUGUAACUGGAAGGAGACUCACAUCUCUCGGAUCAACACCAGCUAAUGGGACUCUGAAGCCUAAGAAAGAUCUUAUCCUUAUGAAAGAGAAAAAGAAACAAAAGGCGCUGGAGAAGGAGAUUCGUGCAUUAGUCAGAGAGCGUGGAGAGCAGGAUAAGAAACUUCAGGCUCUGGAUGAGGAUUUUGUGAAGACUGAAGCAAAGCUGAGUGCUGCGGUUCAGGAGAAAACAUCUCUUCUGGCAAAUGUUGCAUCCCUAAAAAAACAGCUUCUGGAACUAACAAGAACUAAUGAACUACUAAAGUCAAAGCUGUCUGAAGAUGGUGUGCAGAAGAAAAUGAGCAGCCUAUGCAUGGAGUUAAUGAAGCUCAGAAACCACAGAGAUGCUAAGGAAAAGACUGUACUUGCGAAGCAGGAAGAUAUGGAAAUGAAGCUGCAGGAAGUACAAAGGAAUCUAGAGCAUUCUAAAGGAAAAGUAGCACAGUUAGAAGAAAAACUGUCUGCUACUGAGAGAGAGAAAGUUGAAGAAAAGUCUGACACUGAAAAACUCCUGGAAUAUAUUACAGAGCUCAGUAGUGUUGCAGAAACAGUUGAGAAAUACAAACUAGAUGUGGCCCAGAUGGAGAAGACACUGAUAAAGAAAGACCAGGAUAUUGGUAUCCUGAGGGACACCCUCAAAACCAAAGAGGAAGAAUCAUUUAAACUGAUAAAAGAACUUAAUGAAAAGUGCCAAUUACUUCAACAAGAAAAAGAGAAAGAGUUGUCUGAGAGCAGAAGAAAAUUCCUGAGUAUGAAUGCUGAAAUAGAAGACCUGAAAAAAAAAAUUGGCUUAGAUGAAGAAGAACACCAAAAACUGCUUCAGAAACAUGAAGAGAUAGUCUCUCAGCUGCAGCAAGAGAAGGAGUUAUCUGCAUCGAUGCAGAAGAAGUUACUAGAGUUCCAAGAUGAGGUAACAAGUGAGAGACAUCUUCUUGAAGAAGAGCUGAAUGAUACAAUGAAUGAGCUGAAUAAACUGCAUGCCAAGGAGAAGAAAGCUGAAAAGUUGGUGAGGCGGCUGGAACAAGAAAUCAAAUCUCAAGCUCUUGAACUUGCACAGAUGGAGGGAAAGUUGAAAGGGAAGAAUGCUGAGUUGGAGCAAAUCAAUGAAAUGCACCGCAAUGCUGUUUUGCAAAUCCAAGAAGAGCAUAGCAAUACACUGUGUAAACUUGGAAAGACUGUUGCUGAGUUUGAAAGCUACAAGAAGACAAUAGCUGAAGAAAUAUGCAGUCUUAAAGUGGAUAACACAUCUUUGCAAGAAGAAGUUGCCAACCUAAAAAUGAUAGGCCAAGAUAAUCUCCAGCUGCUUCAGGAAGCAGAAUACUCUAAAAACAAAGCAAAAGAAGAAUGUGCAAGGUUGCUUUUGGAAGCCCAGACACAGCUUGCACUAAAAGAAGCAGAAACAGAGAGAACAAAAGAGUCUUGUCAUGCACGAAUGACUGAACUUCAGGAAAAAUUGGAAGAGCAAACUGAAGAUCUGAAAAGAAAACUUGAAGUGGAAAGAUCAAGGAAAACCAUAAAUGAAGAUGUAAUCUCUAGUUUAAAAAAGGAGAUAGAGACCUGGCGUAAUCUGUAUGAAGAUUUACAUAACAAAACAAAGCCUUUUCAGCAACAACUCGACGCAUUUGAAGUGGAGAAGAAUGCGCUCUUAAAUGAGCAUGGUGCAACCCAAGAAGAACUAAAUAAACUAAGUGAUGCAUAUGCUAAGCUACUUGGCCACCAGAACCAGAAGCAAAAAAUCAAGCAUGUUAUGAAGUUGAAGGAAGAGAAUACCCACCUGAAGCAGGAUGUCUCAAAAUUGCGUGCGCUGCUGGCAAAAGAAAAGCAAACCAACAGAGACCUUCAGGAGCAACUACAUACAAGUCAGGGCAUUAGGCGUUUUGAUCCUUCCAAAGCUUUCCAGCAUGAUAGCAAGGAAAAUAUUCCUCCAAAAACUCCUUUUAAAGAAGGUAAUAAAAACAAAAUUUAAGCUGCUCUUGGUAUUAAGAAAAGUAUCAUAACUUGCGAAUAAACUCAUGUACUACAGAAGACUUAACAGACUGCUGGUUCAAGGUGAACUUGGAUGCUGUAUAUAAUACAAAUUAGUAGAAGUACUAGAGAAACAGUCUAAAUUAUAUAUUUCUAGAAAAACUAUGCUUGGUCAUGCUCUUGCUGAAAAGCCAUAGGUGACUGGAUGUUUCAGAAUCCUGGAAACAUCAUUGCACUCUUGAACUUUGAGAAAUAUUCACUGUUUCACUUUUUUGUAUGCUGAAGCUGCAUAGUUUGUUUUCAACAGAGCAGAUGAAGUUCAGAAAAGGUGAACAAGCACUGGGGAAUAAGGAUGGCAAAUGAAAUGGGAUUUUGUGACAUGUGUGUUUGCAUCUCUGUUUACAAUUUUAUGUUCAGUUCCCUCUUCUGGUUAUGGUUGUUUCAGUACCAGUGGCGGGAUUGCUGCCAAGACACCCUUUUUCCUCUGUGGCUUACGCAAUAUAGAACCAAUUUAGAAAAUUGGACUGUACAGUUAGUUUUUGUAUUCUUAGUAGGAUCUAUAUUCAGGAUGUGCUAAUUUAAAUCCUGGGGCUAGAUAUUGUAGCUGUGGAUCUUCAGGAGAGGAUUUUCAGGUCAGACUCACGUUGUCUGCAUUUACCUAUGUGUUUGCAUACUGUGGCUAGGAUUAGUGUCAUAGGAGAAAUGUCUAUUUUAUGAAUGCUGUGCUUACUGGAAUCUGAAAUUCUCAUAAUACCUUUGUAGGCAGCUGUUGUAGUUGAUCAAGUCUAUGUGAAAGGGAGUAACAACAGAACUUGUCUUCAUUGGGUGGGCGGAUAGCUGUUGUACAUACAUUCAUUGCAUGGACUUGAAUUUUGGUGAGGUGGAAACAAUGUUUAACUGCAUCUCUAAAAUUAAGAAUGUUUUAGCACAAUAAACAUUUUAAAUGAAAUAA